CACAUGACAUGCCGGCAACUUUGAGAAAAAAAUGUUUUGAUUUCAGAGUUGUCUCGAGAUGGCUAUGAAUAUUCAUACUAUAAGGCUAUCUUUCCAUUGAAUACAGGCGUCAACAACCCUCGUCGAAUAUUUAAAAAAUUAUAAUAAGAUGUAUCCACCAAUCCAAAGAAAGGAUAGGCAGGGGCUAGGCAGCCCGUCGUGCCGCUUUGUGGACCACGACUUCCAUUGAUAGGGCGGAGAAACAUGUAUUUUGUUUAUGUCGUCCUUAUUUAACUAGGCAAAUCAGUUAAUAAGAACUAAUUAUUAUUUACAAUGACGGCCAAACCCGGACGACGCUGGGCAAAUUGUGCGCCGCCCUUUGUAUCUUGUCAGUAUAUCCAUAAUCACAGCCACAAAGAAAUAAUUGAUCUUCUUAAGAUCCGAUUUGAAACCAAACCACACUAAUAACCGUAUGCCUAACUUUAAAUUAAUUGUUGUUUUCAUUCAUUUUAACGAAAUAGGCCAAUUUGGACUUUGUGGCUGUGGUAACUAGUCGAUACCAUGAAUCGGUGUAUGUGAACGUGAGUAGAUUAAUUUGAAAACAACGGUCGGACAUCUUGGACGCAGUUCCAGUGCUGCUUUAGUUAUUAUUAUUAUACCUAGGCAAACAGUUUUUAUCAUGACGUCAAUUUAAUAACCCGGAAGAAGUUCCCCACGGGGUCAGAUCCAUUUUCGAAGCUAAGUGGUGAAUACUUGAAACACAUAUAUUUUGAUAAUUCAGUGGUAUGUGAGUGAUCGCUAAAAAGUCGUCAUGUUGGUGUUUCGUUAAACGUCAUAAUUUAUCCCCCUCUUUAACCAGACAUUUGGCUUGUUAACUUAGAUACUCACGUAAGUAGCUGCUGGCUAGGUUAGCUGUAUAACUUGCUAGCUGUCAGACAGUCUUUGUUUUGGUUUGGUUUGGUUUUUCGUAGAGAAGAAUCGUCAUUCUUUCAUAACACAUGAGUGUAUCACUGGUCGUUAUCCGUCUGGAGCUCGCAGACCAGUCUCUCUCUCCACGGAAUUUCCAAUACACCGCCGGAGUAUGAGGACUAGGAGCAUGAGAACUAGCUAGGCUAAAACAUUUCAUAUUCUGAGCCUCAGCAUCAGAGCAAGACACUCUCCCCUCCAAGGAGUAGAGACCUGCUCAGGUUACGUUUUCUGGAACACAUUUGGCUCCGAGUAACUUCAGUGACUCAGCCAUUAUGGCAAAUUAUCUACACACAUACACGCACUGUUUUGAUGAUAAUAGUUAUUGUAUCGUUCCAGAAGUUGAUGCUUUGUGUUUGUCUAGUCUCCCUCUUUCUACCUGUCCCCCUCUCUGCCCCUGUAGCUGAGGAUAUGUCAGAGGAGGAUUUGCAGGAGAAAGCUCUGGGCUCAGCCAGGCUUUCUCUGAGUGGGAAGACAGAGCUGGAGAGAGCAGCAGUCCUACACCAGCACAUCGGCAGCAGAGCCAUGGGAGACAUGGUCAUCGAGACCAUCGCGCCCAACCCUGAUAAAGGAAAGGUUGAGCAGACUGGGGCAGAGGGAGAGGAGGGUGGAGGAGCCCGCCCUCUAGAGAAUCAACCAGACGAGAGGGACCCUAAUGAGGGCACUACAGAGGACAGUGCCGAUGGCACAGAGACGGCUCCAGACUCGCCCUCCAAGCAUCUUCCAGACCAGAUCUCCUUCUUCAGUGGAAACCCCUCAGUGGAGAUAGUCCACGGCAUCAUGCACCUCUACAAGACCAACAAGAUGACAUCCCUGACGGAGGACGUGCGUCGCAGUGCCAUGCUGUGUAUCCUGACCGUCCCCUCCACCAUGACCAGUCACGACCUCAUGAAGUUUGUGGCACCUUUUUAUGAUGUCAUGGAGCACAUGAAGAUCAUACGAGACCCCACCCCUAACCAGUACAUGGUGCUGAUUAAGUUCAGUAGCCAGGCUGACGCAGAUAGUUUCUACACAGCGUGUAAUGGCCGUACGUUCAACUCCAUAGAGGACGCAGUCUGCCAGCUGGUCUAUGUGGAGAGAGCCGAGGUCAUCAAGUCUGAGCAGGGCGCCAGUCUUCCAGUGAUGGAGCUGACAGAGCUUCCUAAGUGUACCGUGUGUCUGGAGAGGAUGGACGAGUCAGUGAACGGGGUUCUCACCACACUCUGUAACCACAGCUUCCACAGCCUGUGUCUGCAACGCUGGGAGGACGCCUCGUGUCCUGUGUGUCGGUACUGCCAGACCCCAGAGCCUGUAGAGGAGAACAAGUGCUUUGAAUGUGGCGUACAGGAAAACCUGUGGAUCUGUCUGAUCUGUGGUCAUAUUGGCUGUGGUCGCUACGUCAGUCGUCAUGCCUACAAACACUUUGAAGAGACGCAACACACGUACGCCAUGCAGCUCACUAACCACCGUGUUUGGGACUAUGCUGGAGAUAACUAUGUUCACAGGCUGGUGGCCAGUAAGACUGAUGGGAAGAUGGUUCAGUACGGGUGUGAAGGAGAAACCUGCCAUGAGGAGAAGAUAGACGCUCUGCAAUUAGAGUAUUCUUACCUGCUAACGAGUCAACUGGAGUCCCAGCGCAUUUACUGGGAGAAUAAGAUAGUUCACCUGGAGAAGGACACAGCGGAGGAGAUCAACAACAUGAAGGCCAAGUUUAAGGAGACCAUCGAUCGCUGUGAUAACCUGGAGCGUCGGCUGGGAGAGCUGGCCAAGGACAAGCAGAGCAUGGACAAGAAGUGUGGUCAGCUGUCGACCCGUGUGACAAAGCUUGGUCAUGAGCUGAAGGAGGAACAGGAAAUGAACCGCUGUCUGAGAGCCAAUCAGGUUCAACUACAGGCCCAGCUGGCCGAGGAGGAACGCAAGGCGAGAGAGACGGGCGAGCGUAAGGACGGGGUGAUAGCCGAGCUCCAGGAGCAGCUGAGAGAUGUCAUGUUUUACCUGGAGACUCAGCAGCAGAUAGAAGGUCUUCCUCCAGAGACCAGGACUGAGAUACAGGAAGGAAGCAUCAACAUCGGCGCAGCAGCCACUCCCGCCCCAGGACCCUCCGCCAUUGGCAGAGGCCGCAGGGGGCGGUCCAAAAGGGGGAAGUAGAGCGGACACAACUAGGAAGUGGAGAGAGGAAGGGAUGCCGGAAGUGACCCACAAAAAUGACAUUAUUGAAGUGUGAGAGUGCGUGCGUGCGUUUUUGUGCCUUCGUGUGUGCCUGUGUUUGUGCUUUGCAAAAGAACCCUGGCUCCUUAGACACUAUUUGUAGAUGAAGAGGUCAGACGUUAUGUGUAUAUCUCUGCUUUAAGGCGCCCACUUUGCUGAAUUAAAAAAAAUGAUUGAUUUGAAAGAGGUUUGCUCUUCUUCCUCGUUACAUACAUUUUUGGGGUUGACCUGCUUGUUUACGUCCUUAAAGGAGGAGAGAUUCAUGGGAAUAAGGACGUGAGUAAACCGGACAGUAAUGAUAGAGAGAGAGAAAGAAAAUACCUCUCAUGUUUGAAUAUGCAGGCUUUUCCAAAUUUAAAAUCAGUCAAUUUUUGUAUGUACAGGUAUGUGUGUUACUACAGUUUACAUGAGUUGUUUAGAAGGUGUUCUGGAUCAGUGGGAAGUUCACUACCAGCUGGUUCUCCGCACUUUUGUCAUUUGUUUUGUCCAACAUCUGAUUCAUCUGAUCUCAUGAAAUGUCAUGACUCAGUCCUAUCGUGAGAAUGGGGUUUCUGCUGGGUUUUUAUUUCGUCAUUUUGAAACAUUUUAACGUGUCAGAACUGAAGAUCUGAGAUUUAAGUCAAGUGUUGAACUGUUUUUAAUUUCUCAAUUUACGAAUGACCUGUGUCAGACCUAUAGAGUGGCACAGGAUUAUGUGGCUGAUGCUUUGGCAUUCCUACACAACUGAGAUGUGCAUCUGUACAAUCUAGAAUAUAUAAUACCAGGGUUUGACAUCAAGGGUUGCCCUAUUUCCUUGGGCAAGUGACUUUAGCAGUCACGCAAGUUGAGCCUGCACUGAGGUUUCCCCAUUGGGCAGGUGAAUUAUGUUUGUUUGUUGAUGUUGUGUGAAAAUAACCAAACUGCAAAUAAUUCCAGUAGCCUAAAACAGAUCUUUCUGGUUCCUCCCGAUUUUGUUUAAGUGAAAGACAGACAAUUUAUCGUAUUUAUAAUCAGGCAAGUUUAGCUAGCCUCGUAUUUUUUGAAAAUACAAAAAAAUCCCAGUACUGAUCUUUGAUUCCUCCCCUAUGUGUAGGGGAAAUGCAGGCAAUUCAUGGCACUUCUGCAUGUAAAUAGCAAAUAAAAACAUUUGGGGCAAGUAAUAAGAAUCUUCAAACAAGUGCCUAGCAGAUUUAUGUAAAUCCCUGUAAUGCAGUACAAUACUCUACAAAUACAGUCGACAUCAGUUUCACUCCUGUUUCCAUGCACCUACCUAUAUGUAUGCGAUCACCAUAUUCUUCACUAACAACCCACCUCGGGCAAGCAUGAAAAAGCACUCUUGCCUCUAUACUGACCAUUAUGAGCUGUUUGUGUUCCUUGUUUACGUUCCUGUUUGUUUGUGUUGCAUUGCUAAAAGCCUUCCAGUAUGUUCUGUUCAGGCACAGCUUUCCACUAGUUUAGCAUCAACAUUGUUAAAAGCAUGGUGUCCAGGUCAACAUAGACAUUCAAACGGUACACAGCUGCAUACCACCUUUUAUUUUAGCAGUUUAAGUUUUCACUGUGUUUUGUAUUCAUGUUGUUAAAGCUCUCAAUAAAUGAUCUUACUAUUUGUACUCUG